CUGCAUGUCUUUGGACUGAGGGAAGGAAAUCGAAGUGCCCAGAGGGAACCUCCAAACCAGGGGAAGAACAUGUAAAACUUCACAUACAUUAAAGCCAAAUGUUAUAAUGUUAAGAUAUGAACUUGUACUUUUCUGUAUGUCGGGAUAUCAAAACUCAUUUUCCCACAGAGGUCAGAGUUUCUCAGUGUUCAGCCUUAAAGUGUUUUUUAGAAAAGACUGGAGUAUUUUUAAACAUGCUCACGACGUGGGAUUUCACACACCGCUCAGUAUUUCUAUAAAUCCCAGUGGUGAUCCAGUCCGGUUUUUUCCCGGCUCCUGAAUCCAGCGUAACCCACUAACGCGGUGUGUGUGGAGUGUGUGUAUGUGAGUGAGUGGAGUGUGUGUGUGAGUAAGAGAAGCCGAGCCUUGUUUACAGCGCCGGAGCUGCGAUAACAGGAGCUACAGUGUAGUCUGCGUGUUUAUCGGAGAUCCGAACGAUGAUGGAGAUAAUAAGAGCAGCAAGAAGCAGCAGACCGCUUUAGUCUCUACCCUCCCUGUCGCGUGUUCGGGCUCUCAGCGCUCAUUUCUGCCUUGGAAAUAAACACUUAGCUAAUUCCACUAGCGUUUCUUGCUAACCAGCUCCUAGUGUGAGAGCCGAGGGACGAAGUGGAAACGCGAGGAAUAAGACGGAGCAGGAGGGAAAAACGGCGCUGUGGCGGUCUCCCUCUUUUAUAUCACUGUUUUCACUUAUCUUUUUUGGAAUAUUAGAUUUUUGUUCACAUUUUUCUCAGCCAGGUUUAGUCUCAAUCCAGAGUUAGCAAGUUAGGAAAGUUGCCUCUUCGCGUUCGUCGGGCGAAAAUUAAUCACCUCGCUGCCUAUGAGCGACCCUCCACAUCCAGCGUCUCACCCAGCUAGUUAGCCGUUAGCUCGCACAUCGCAGGGAUUUUCACUGGACCGGCUAAAGGAGGCUAGCUCGGCUUGGAUCGGGUCCGCUCGGCUUGGAUCGGCUCGCCUCGGGUCCGCUCGGGUCUGCUCGGCUCGGCUCGGCUGGCCCCCGCAAAGAAAUGGAGUCAGAGGAUGCGGGCUUUCAAAUCCAUUCAUCUAGUUGUGCGGGAAUUCAGAUAUACAUCGGCUAGCGUCUUUCGGGGACUGGGAAACGAGCCCGAGUGCCAGAAGCUCUAGCUAGCUCAGUGACUAAACUCCCUGCUGAAGUCAAAGGCGAGCUAAAGCUAACCGGACUCUUAAUAGAAAUUCCUAUACGCACCAGGCUAAAGCAGCCAAGCUAACAACUUAACACACUGUAUGAGAGAACUAGCGUUUUGUUUUUUUUGGGGGGGUAAAAACACCAAAUUAAAAAAGUAAACGUUUUUUUAAAUAAUACAAAAUAUUUUCUGAACUCGAAAAAGUAGUUUAGACCUAGUCUUCAGUAAGUUUCUUUUUCUUUAGUUAUUUACCCCCCAAGUGUUUACAGGAAUGAGGUGUUGGACAGCCAGGACUCAUUUGUCCUUAUUCUGUGCCCUGCUGCUGCUGUUGUCCCUCUCAGUUCACUGCCAGUGGCCUACAUAUGAUGGAAUCUGCACUCCAGGCAUUGACAUCGGAAAUGACAUCAGCGACUUCAAGAAGCUGGAGAACUGCACGGUGGUCGAGGGCUACCUGAAGAUUCUUCUCAUUGCAAACAAGAAAACCAAUCAUGAGGUCUUCCAGACGCUCAGUUUCCCCAAGCUGACAAUGAUCACAGACUUCCUGCUCCUUUUCCGUGUCCCCGGGCUGGACAGCCUGAGCACGCUGUUCCCGAACCUCUCGGUGAUUCGAGGCCGCAAUCUCUUCUACAACUACGCGCUGGUCAUCUUCGAGAUGAACCACUUAAAAGACAUCGGCCUCCACAGCCUGCGCAACAUCACCCGCGGUGCCGUACGGAUCGAGAAGAACCCGGAGCUCUGUUACUUGGAAUCUGUCGACUGGUCUCUCAUAAUGAACGCAGACCUGAACUUCAUCGUUGGAAACAAGCAGGCAUGCACAGAUGUCUGCCCAGGCUUCAUUGAGGAAAAUCCGCAGUGCAUGAUGACCAACUUCAGUGGCGCCUCAACUUACCGCUGCUGGACAUCCAACCACUGCCAGAAAGUGUGCCCGGAGCAAUGUGGCAAGCGGGCAUGUACGGAAUCCGGAGAGUGCUGCCACCCUCAGUGCCUGGGCAGCUGCACAGCGCCAGACAGUGCCACGGCGUGUGCUGCCUGCCAGCACUACUCCUACGGAGGCCGUUGUGUGGAGCGUUGCCCCCCGGACACGUACAUAUUCGAGGGCUGGCGCUGCAUCACCUUGGAGAUGUGCGGCGAGGCCCACCUGCCAUUCGCCUUUGAGCGAUUCGUCAUCCACGGGGGCGAGUGCAAGAUCGAGUGCCCACCUGGCUUUAAUCGUGAAAGCAGUCAGAGCAUGUUCUGUAGUAAAUGCGAUGGGUUGUGCGACAAGGUGUGUGAGGGGAAAGACAUCGACUCUGUGGACGCUGCACAGUCCCUAAAGGACUGCACCGUUAUUAACGGCAGCCUGCGCAUCAACAUCCGCCGUGGCAACAACAUCGCGUCAGAGCUGGAGAACUUCCUAGGCCUCAUCAAGACAGUGACGGGAUGUGUGAGGAUUUUUCGUUCUCCUAUGCUGAGCUCGCUUUCCUUCCUCAAGAGCUUAAACCACAUUCAUGGGAAAGAGCUCUAUGAAAACAUGUACGCCUUCUCAGCGUUUGAUAACCAGAACCUCCAAUUCCUGUGGGACUGGUCACAGCACAACCUGACCGUUCACACAGGAAAACUGUUUUUCGGCCGGAACCCCCGCCUUUGCAUCUCUGAGAUUCGCAAGAUGUGGCAGAAAACAGGCAUCAAGGACAAGUUUGUGGAGGACGAUUUUCGCAACAACGGAGGCCGCGCAAACUGUGAACGGAAAAUUCUAAAGUUCUUGAGCAAUAGCACUGGAAGUAACACAAUAUCACUAACAUGGGAACGCUAUCAGCCAGCAGGUUACACAGGACUCAUCAGUUUUGAAGUUUACUACAGAGAAGCGCCUUUUCAGAACAUCUCAGAGUUUGACGAUCUUGAUGGUUGUGGGUCCAACAGCUGGAUGAUGGUGGAUGUGGAUUCGCCUCAGGACGAAAACAGAAACCCAGAGGUUCUUCUGUCAGGCCUGAAACCAGUGACUCAGUAUGCCAUCUUUUUGAAGACUGUAACUCUGGUAGUGGAGAACAUAGACACGCAUGUUCUGGGGGCCAAAAGCGAGUUGGUUUAUAUUCUCACUAGGCCUAAAGUACCUACAAUACCUGUUGAUAUUCGUGCCUACUCCAACUCAUCCACCAGCCUGGUUGUUCAGUGGUCUCCUCCUGUAUUUCCCAAUGGGAAUCACAUCUACUAUCUGCUUCGCUGGCAACUGCUGAAAGAGGACCGUGAGCUUUACCAGAACGACUACUGCUUAAAUGAGAUGAAGAUUGCCAUCCGAUACGCCACAGGGCUGGCAGAUGCCCUCGCGAGCAUAAAGCCCAUCAAUUCAAACUCAGAAAGACCGAACAAAACCCUUUGCUGCCGUUGUCCAAAAUCAGAACAAGAUAUCAAAAGAACCAGUGAUGACAUCAUCUACCGUAAAGCCUUUGAGGACUUCCUCCACAAUAGCAUCUUUCAGCCCAGGCCGAACAACCGUCAGCGCAGGGAAGCAUCAGGAGUGGCUAACUCCACCUUUCUGCACAUGCUGCUCGGUGCCAGCGAGAGCCUAGGUGAGGGCAACUUCACCGGCCCAAACCCUUAUAUGGGGGAGUUUCACGAGAUAAAGUUGGAAGAUACAAGCUUCGAAAUUCAAGGCUUGCGACCUUUCACGGUGUACCGCAUCGACCUGCACGCCUGCAACGAGGAGAUCCAGCAGUGCAGCGCUCCUGCCUUUGCCUUCCCCCGCACCAAACCAGCAGACAAAGCUGACGACAUCCCAGGCCCAGUGACGUGGCAGGAUUCGGAUGACUCUGUGACUGUGAAGUGGCCUGAACCAGCACAACCCAACGGCCUUAUUCUGCUUUAUGAGAUCCAUUUCCAUCUGGGAAGCGAGCUGGAGAAGCACGAGUGUGUGUCCCGCCAUCACUACAUGGAGCAUGGAGGUGUACGGCUCACUAACCUUCGCCCUGGGAACUACUCUGUCCGCGUGAGGGCCACCUCUCUGGCUAGAAAUGGCUCGUGGACGCAGCCCAUAGUCUUGUAUGUCCCCCAGGCUGAACGCUACGAGAAGCUCCUCUAUUUGAUGUUCAUUCCCGUUGUCCUGCUCCUGGGGGUUCUUGCAGUGACCAUGUACGUGGUCAAUAAGAAAAGGAACAGCGACAGGCUGGGAAAUGGAGUUCUGUACGCCUCAGUCAACCCGGAGUACCUUAGUGCGACCGAAGUGUAUGUUCCUGAUGAAUGGGAGGUGGCACGGGAAAAGAUCACCAUGAGCAGAGAGUUAGGCCAAGGCUCAUUCGGCAUGGUGUACGAGGGCAUCGCCAAGGGCGUCGUCAAGGAUGAGCCUGAAACCCGGGUGGCCAUCAAAACGGUUAACGAGUCUGCCAGCAUGCACGAGCGCAUCGAAUUCCUCAACGAGGCCUCCGUCAUGAAGGAGUUCAACUGUCACCAUGUGGUGCGUCUCCUUGGCGUGGUCUCACAGGGGCAACCCACUCUAGUCAUUAUGGAGCUGAUGACACAAGGUGAUCUGAAGAGUUAUCUACGCACGCUACGAUCCAUCAAGAACACAUCCAGCCUGCCUUUGCCACCACUGAAGAAAAUGAUUCAGAUGGCAGGAGAGAUUGCAGACGGCAUGGCAUACCUCAAUGCCAACAAGUUUGUCCACCGAGACUUGGCAGCCAGAAACUGCAUGGUGGCUGAAGACUUCACUGUCAAAAUUGGAGAUUUUGGCAUGACGCGGGACAUUUACGAGACAGAUUACUACAGAAAGGGUGGGAAGGGGCUGCUGCCGGUGCGCUGGAUGUCUCCGGAAUCCCUCAAAGACGGCGUCUUCACCACUAUGUCUGACGUGUGGUCGUUUGGCGUGGUGUUAUGGGAGAUAGCCACCUUGGCCGAGCAGCCCUACCAGGGCAUGUCCAAUGAGCAAGUUCUGCGCUUCGUCAUGGAGGGAGGUCUGCUAGACAAACCUGACAACUGCCCGGAUAUGAUGUUUGAGCUAAUGCGCAUGUGCUGGCAGUACAACCCCAAGAUGCGUCCCACCUUCCUGGAGAUCAUCAGCAGCAUCAAGGAUGAUCUGGAUCCCAACUUCAAGGAGGUGAGCUUCUUCUACAGCGAAGAAAACAAGCCCCCGGACACGGAAGAGCUGGACCUGGAGAACCUAGGUACCAUGGAGAACGUCCCCUUGGAGCCAUGCACCAAAGCCCUGGUGCCUUCUCCCUCCCCCUCCUCGCCUUCCUCGGGUACAGACAAAUGUUGCACCAAUGGGCCGGUGCUGCUGCUGCAAAGCUCGUUCAACGAGGCACAGCCUUACGCGCACAUGAACGGGGGGAGGAAGAACGAGCGCACGUUGCCCUUGCCCCAGUCAUCUGUGUGCUGAUGGCAGUCUGGCCGCUUUUUAUUCUCUUUUCCUUAGGUCACAUUAAGCCUCGCUGGCACUCCGGAGAACUCCCACUCCACUCUGUCAAAUCACCACGUCCUCUCCGGAACAAUACUCCACGAAGGAAACUUAGGCAGAAAGGCGUCAAGGCUGUCAACCUCUCGUCAUAGCGCAGUGACGCAGUGUUUUUUUUUUUUUUUUUUUUUGGUGUGUUCCGACCUGCGUUAACUGACAGACAGGUGGCAAACUUUACCGCCAUCACUGUAGAAGCACGGCCAACACUGACGGGGGAAAAAAACCUGAAACAAUAUGGAACACACAGUAACUUCCAAGGAGUGCACACUCCCUCCUUUUAUAGUGUUUUUGUUACUUUUAUACAUUUCCAACUAGGGAUUUUCACAUUUCAGGUUUUGUCAGUCAUGGUGAGGUGGCAUUAUUGUAAAGUGGAAUUUAAUUGAGCAAAUACUUAUUUCAUUAUUCCAACAAAGAGGCACUUUGUGUUUUAGGUGUCCAAAGACAUGGUAGCUCUUAUUAAAAAAAAAAAGUAAAAAAAAAAAAAGAGUGAGCCAGAGGGGUAACAGUGCUGCUCAAAGCCGGGUGGCGCCAUUAACAAGGAGUCUCAUCAAACAAGAAGAGACUCCGCCCACUCUGUCUGUCUACUUUAUAGUAGAGCAGAAAGUUUCAAACCUGCCAUCAUUUCUUUUCUUUUCUUUUUUUUGGUAAUAUACCCUCUUUCUCGCCGUCUUUCUUGCUGCGCUCGUGUUCUUGCAGGCGCACAAAAGCCAAUAUGACACUCCACAUUUUUUUACACUGGUGUGUAUAUAUCUAUCUAUCCAUAUAUACAUAUAUAUAUAUAUACCUAUUUUUUCAGCUCUUCUUGUGCUUGACUGAUUUACGAUCGAUGCAGAGGUUUUUCACUAGAUUGCCUCCUCUUGUUUAUUUUCUUGACCAGGGCUCGUACAUUCGAUUCAACUGCAAAACGUUCAGCCCCGCCACGUUCAGAAGGAAACAGGAGGAGCUGUUGGGCUGCAGAAACGAAAACAAGAUCCUUAAAAGGCCUAACAUGCAAUUAACCACAUAGCAAAAAAAUGUUUUAAAGGUAGCUAGAAGAGAUUACGGCAAGCACGGUGUAAUUGAAGGGAUAUAACGUGUCGUGAAAAAGUGCAGGUCUUUUUUUUUUUUUUUUUCCCUUCUUCUUCUUUCCCAAAUAGUUUAGUCACCCCCCCACCCUACCCCAAUCCAUCACAGUCUGUCAAAUGUUGGACCACAGAGCAAACUUCAUUCAUCUGUCACUUUUCUACCUUUUUUUUUUUACGGUUCAAACGAACUUCUGUAUGUCUGUACUGAAAGAAGCUGCUAUUUUCUUCUCAUUUUCUUUUUGUGGUUGUAAUACAUAU